AGUUAAGAACGCAUCUUCCCUGUAAAAAGCGUCAAUUUUCGGUCGGAACGUCGGGAAUCGCUUAGGUUUUGCGUGAUUUUAGAAUUUCUCUUGUAACAAUGCUGCUCCUCUGAACGGUCAAGCGAUAACUCGGUGGCAAACGAUCGGACCGGACGCUAUACGGAAAGAAAACUAACGAGCAGCAAUUAUGUUGAAAAGCAAUCUUCCGGCGAAGGCCCUCCUAUCGGUGGUUCAUCUGCUUUAUGGUAUCAUAACCCAAUUGAUAGCCACCGUGCGGUGGCUGAGGCAGCCAGCUCGACGAAAUCUGAACCGCAGUCAGGAAAAUGACGUAAUUGAACGCGCAGUGCAGGGUCUGGAGAAACUUCCACAGCAUCUGGCCGUGAUACUGGGUCCAGCUCCGCCGGAUUACCAAGCGCUGGCGCGAUUCGUUUUCUGGUGCAUGUCCGCUAAGAUUGGAUUCGUUACUUUCUACGAUCGAAAUGGAUUGCUUAAAGCGAAUUUUCAUCGGAUGAUGGAGCAUGUAAAUCAAGGGCCACGUGAUGAACGGGAACAAAUCGUGUGGACUCCUCAGUUAAAGUCUACCAAUUCUCUGUUACCACCGCGGAACGGUUACCGGCGUCGUAUUGUGGUUAAUUUCUUCUCCUACGAAGACGGCCGAAAGCAGCUAGUGGCUGCGGCACGCUCCAUCAGCGCGGACCUUCGGGAUGGCGCACUAUCCAAACCGUCUGAGAUUACCGUGGAACUAGUCGACCGGACGAUGCAGAAGCUGGUGCAUCAGGUGCCAGACCCGGAUCUGGCGGUUUACUUCGGCCCAGUGUGCUGUACCUACGGAAUGUUACCGUGGCAAAUUCGGUUAACCGAGUUUGUUUCGCUGCCCGAACCGAGUGCGGCCAAACUACGAGUCGAGCAUUUCAUUAACUGCCUCUUUAAGUACGCUAAAUGCGAGCAGCGUUUCGGCAAGUGAGCAGAGAAUAGUCCUUUAGUGAUUGUGUUUACUUUUUCUGGGACUUUAUCAAUCAUUCAUACCAACCACUAGCAAAGCCCCUUCUUCUGCAUGAGUGCAUGACCUCCGGGUGUUUCUCCGAGUGUAUAUAUUAUAAGGCAGGCUAGAUUAAUUAGUUGUGCCGAACAAAACCGUAUCGUACUAGGGAAUCAUUAGUCAUAGCUAUCUAGCGUUUAACUAAUUAUCUUUACGAAUGAAUGUUUAUACCCUAAAGCAAAAAAAAGACUAGGCUCUAGGUAUAAAUCGUCUUAACCGAAAAUUUCCUACAAUUAUCAGUAGAAAAGAAGGGUGAGCUCGAGGUCGGUAGCUUUCAUUAGGGCUGAAAAUCGUAUGGUGUGUAGCACUGAAAUAUGUUGUUUAAAAUACAGAUAAAUUAUUUGUUA